UUUCCCAGCAGAUAUGAAAUAAACACCUGUAAUGAAAAACACACACUUCGCUAAUUUGGGCUACUUGGUGAAGAUAUCGUCAUAAGAAUGUCAUUGAAUUAAGCAUGAUAUGAUAAAAAUAGGUUGUGCCGCAGUAGCGCUGCAGCCACGGGCUCCACACCGGAUACGCCAAAUAUGGUCAGGACACGCUGCUCUCUGAUUGGCUGCUCACAUUAGCGACAGGGUUGUUGCUGGAGCGCUUUGAGUGGGAGAUCCAUCAUUGUAAUUGACAAUGGAUGCGAGAAAAAAAACAUCUUUUAAUAGCAAGGGCGUCGUUGAACUAUCACAACAUUCCUUUGCUUGUUAUCACAUAUCGUGUUGCCCUUUUUGUCAUCAGCUAGUUUUUAUUUUUGCGUUUCCUAAAUACCACCUUCUUUUCUAUUGAUGAUAUCAAAUGCACAUCUUGUCUUAAUAAUAUGUUUCUUGAGCUCACUGCAUUCGGGAUAUUAAACUGUUUAUCUCUGUAAUAUGCAAAUGAUAUCAGGAUAUACACAGACUGCAAACAAAGCACGUAAAAUGACGUAUGUUAUUCAUUCAUGUGAACGCUUUAACAUAAUUACCUACCACAAAGAUGAGGUUACGCAUACGGUUGGCACUGUCAGAUUUUACGAAAUAAAUUAAAAUGUUAAAAGCAGGGAAAUAUGUGAAAUGCAGUCGGCUCGUGUUGACCGUCUCCCCUCCGGAUCAGUGGUACAGUCUCGUCUCACAGUUUUCAUUCAUAAAAAUCUGCCUCACUAUAAAAAGAAGCAGCGCUGAUGGCUGAUGCCUUCUUGCGUAGUGACCAAAAUCUAGAUUUGAAAAAAUACCGCAAAACCUGCAAUCGGUGACAUUAGUCACACAUUAAUCUCGCUCUCGUCAUCUCUUUGUGUGGUCUGCCAGGAAUGAUGCCUAAAAACGUAUCCGCGUGUCGGAGUGUUUCUCAGGUGUCUGCAGAAGAAGAGCUGCACGCAUCAGACCCUCAGAUGAAGGAUACGCAGAAGGCAGGUGUUGAGAAGGACGAGUGUUUAAACACAGAGGCAGCCGAUGAUCCCUUUGUUCCCACGGUCACUGCUGUAGCUUCAGCUCCAGACCUGAAGUGGAUGGUCCUGUCGACGGACAUCUCUUCAGUGUCACCCUGCAGCGCUGCGAGACAUGAAAGACCACAGAGCACAUCUCGCUCCAAAGACUCGAAGGCUACUCGAAAGACUUUCACGUGCAGGAAAAAGGGGACGAAAGAGCAGCUUUCACCAGAGGAAGAGGAGAGGAAGCGAAUCAGAAGAGAGAGGAACAAACUUGCAGCGGCCAAGUGUCGAAAUCGCAGACGAGAACUGACCAACAGUCUCCAAGCAGAAACCGACAGUCUUGAGGAAGACAAAGCAGCUCUGAAGUCCGAGAUCGCCAGUCUGUUAAAGGAGAAAAAAAGUCUGGAGCUCAUUCUUUCUGCUCACAAACCCCGCUGUAAAAUCACAGAGGACACAGAAGGAGAAACAGAAGAGAAAAUUCAAGCCCAGGAGGACCAGACACCCCCUCACUCCCCAGACACCACCCCAGAACCUAACCAGGUGCCCACCACCCCCCAGCAAGCCGAACCCCCCUGCACUGCGAUUUUCGGGGACUCUGAUGUCCUGCUGUGUUCCAGUGCAGAACUGGGAGCCGUUGAGGUGGAACCUUACAUUGAUAUGAGGGAUGUAUCCAUGGAAGACAUAAGCGAUGUGAUUGACAGCAGUGAUGACAUGGAUCUGUUGGUGCCGGAUAUCGAUCUCACGAGCUCUCUGGGUUUGAGCGAAUGGGAAACCCUGUACAUGUCAAUGGGAGGCGGGUUAGAACCUAUCACCUCUCUGACAUGUAGCCCCACCUGUAGCAGCAGCAGCAACACUGUGCCUGUUUUCAGCUUCAACGGUGCAGAUUUGGAGAAACAUGAGAGCAACAAAGAGGGCUUGAGCAAGACUAACGCUGCCAAAGAAAUCUUGAUGAAAUUAUGAAAAAGGGGAAUAUGUCAAUGAUGUGAAACACCUUACCCAAAAAAACCUAAUGCAAAGUGUUUCAAAUAUGGGUUCAACACUUCAGAAUAUGGUGAAUGCUGUGUGAAAAAAUGAUAAAGACAUACAAUGUAAUGUGAUCCUAAUAUCCACUGGAGUCACCUGUGUACCAGAUGUGUUGCUUCCAGAUGUUAAAAGUAUUGUUGUUCAUUUGAAAGACAUGCUUAUAAACGAUUUCAUGCACUUUUGUACCUGUAGGUACUUGUAACUGUAUCAGGUGAUUUUGUGUUGUACUGUGCAAUGUGUUACACAGUGUCUAAGUGUGUGACUAGCUGAAUAACAGCUUGUAUUUUGUGGUAUUGUUAAAAAUGUGAUCCUGAACAUGGUGGCAAAAAAUCUAUCGACUCCUUUAACAUUAUGCAUAUUGCUCUUUCUGCUUCCCUUUCAGUGGUCUCGCAUGUCUCUUAUUAACAAAGAAAAAAAGAAGGGAAAAAUAAAGAAAAAUG